UUUCAAGGAAUUUUUGGAAUUUUCUUCCUGAAGAUUUUGCAAAUUUUCAGAAAUUCUUUUGCUUAAUUUUAAGAUUUUUUUCAGACAAGGAAACAGUAUUUUUUGGUGCCCGUAAAUGAGGACAACAAGAGAGUUAAUAGACCAAAUGAUCAACCGAUUGAUCAGAAAAAUGAUCUGAAGCCCAUUAAGCUCUAAUAAAAACUUGAUGAAUUAAAUCUGCAUCAGUGCUGCGGUGUUACUUGUUGCACAGAAGGAGACUUUUCUCAUCUAAAUGACAAAACACCUUUAAAGCUCAGCUGCUCCCAGUAGAUAAAUGAAGAGAAGCAGUGGGUUUAAAUGGCUCCAGUGUUCUUAAUGUCGUUACAGCAUCAUUUCAGUGAUCAAGUUCUGCUCUAAUUCAAUUUCUCAUUUGCUCUGCACGUGUUGCAGUAAACACAGGUUUUGCAACGAUGUUCUCUCACAUGUGCAGCAUCACAUCUAAGUUCCCAUUGAGCUGGAAAUUCUCAUUUACCUCUGCUCCCAGACAGAUAAAUCCCCUCCAUCUCUUCAGCUUUCUUAUUUGUUUCUCUCCUCUUAAACCGAUCAUCUCCACCUCUCUUGGAAACACAGCAAACCCUGAUAUAUUCUUUAUGUCUCCCUCCUUUGUAAGCGGAUUACAGCGUCAGUUUUGGCCGUCCACGUGGGAGGGUUUUCUCAUUUCAGGCGGUGAUGGUCAUCCAUCGAGCCCAGCCCUCCUUCAGCUGAAAGGACAGCAGCUCAGACGGCAGAAGAACUCAGCUGGAAGCUUCUCAGAUGCACAUUUACAGCUGCAGAUAUGAUGCCAGCUGCUUUUCUCCUCCUCAUCGUCCUGACAGAUCGGGCGUCCUGUAAGAAAACAUGCAGCUACCAGGAUGUUGUGGACUACCUGAACCUGACCACCGAUACCGGUUUGUUUACACUGACCCGACCUGUUCGGGACCACAGGACUCCCACCACAGUGCAGCUGGACAUCAUCCUCUAUGCCAUCCUGGCUGUGAUCGAGAAAACCCAAACUUUCAUUCCUUUCGUCUGGGCAACAAUGAAGUAUCACAAUGAGUUCGUCUCAUGGGAACCCGCUCAGUUCUGUGGAAUCACUCAGGUUUCGGUUCCUCAACAUCUUCUCUGGAAACCCGACCUGUUCAUCUUCGAGAUGAUACAGAAGGACGAGUCCCCUCAGAAUCCAAACCUCAUCAUGCACCAUGACGGGACGAUUCAGUCUGAACAGGACCUGAAGGUGGUCAGCACCUGCAAGAUGGACGUCCACAAGUUCCCCUUCGACACCCAGAGUUGCACCAUCUCCAUCGGUUCUUCGAGUCACUGCGCAGCGGAAAUAAAAAUCAUUCCUUUCUACAACUCGUCUCGGGCAACGCAGUUUUCUCGAGAGAUGAUGAAGACUCAGGGAGAGUGGGAGUUCCUGCAGCUGUCCAUCAGCAGGGCCAAUUUCACCUUCGACGGCAAACUGUGGGAGCAGCUCUCCUACACCUUCACCAUAAAGAGACGGCCGCUCCUCCACGUCAUCAACUUCCUGCUGCCCAUCAUCUUCUUCCUCACUCUGGAUCUCGCCUCCUUCUUCAUCUCCGACCACCGAGGCGAGAAGCUGGGCUUCAAAGUCACCGUGCUGCUGGCCAUCUCCGUCCUGCUGCUCAUCCUCAACGACAUCCUGCCCUCCAUGUCCAACAAGACGCCGCUCAUAGCGACCUACUGCAUUGUGAUUUUUGCUCUGAUGCUGCUCAGUCUGCUGGAGACCAUCUUGGUCACGUAUCUGAUGGACAAAGAGUCUCAGGACGCGUUCGGGCUGAAGGACAGCUGGGUGGACAAGCAGGAAACGGUCCAACCUGAUGAUGACUGUAAAGCAGAGGACAAAAAACAGAACUGCAUCUCCUGCAUCUGCUCUGUGUCUGAUGGUGAGAAACAAGCUGAGCUGCUGCCUGCUGUGGAAGAGAUGAACAACAGCGUCCGCUCAGCAGAGUCUCACGUGUUGUUGUCGAUCCUGGAGGAGCUGAAGAAGCUGCAGAAAACUCUCAAUCUGCACCUCAGCUCCAAAGAAGGUGGAGGAAAAUCCGCCCAGUGGGCUGCGAGAAUCAACAGAGUUUUCUUCGUUUUCUACGUCAUCGCCGUGUCUCUCUUCCUGUGCCUCAUGUACAUCCAAUGGCACUCUUAGAAAUGUGAAAAAGCUCCGUGUAAUCGCUCCGUUUCGCUGUUUUAGGUCAUCUACGUCAAAAUACGACGACGUGUUAAUGAAACUAAGAAAGUCAGUAGCAUCGCUGAUUUAUAUUUUGUAAGAAACAUCGACAUGUGGUGCAGGAAUUGUGAAAUCUGUAGGUGUUGUGUGGUGCUUUUAAAAAAAACACAGAUUCUUUAAUGUCUUGUGAAUUAUGUGAUUUAACAUUUCAAACUUUUCCAAAGCUGAUCCUGUGGAGGCAAUGUCUGCAGAGGCCGAUUUAGAGCAUCGUGUGUCAUGAAAAUGUUGUUUGCAGACAGAGAUACGCUAAAUGUUGAAUAUUAAAUAUCAAACAGCUGCUUUAAAUCUACAUGGAAUCAGUUUGUAGUGAAAAAUAAAGAAGUAAUAUGAUCUCA